AUGUUCAGAAAGAUCCAUUCGAUCUUUAGCUCAGGCCCCCAGAGGAAGGCAACCGCCGAGAGCCCUUACUACCCGGGAGCCGGUGCCAACGUCAGGCUCCUUCGAAGCACCUCCAUGUACGUGGCUGGGGACCACGGUGAGAAAUUCAGCGAGUCCUUAAAGAAGUAUAAAAGCACGAGCAGCAUGGACAGCAGCUUGUACUACCUGCAGCAGGAGGAGGACCGGGCGUGGAUGUACUCGCGCACGCAGGACUGCCUGCAGUACCUGCAGGAGCUGCUGGCCCUGCGCAGAAAAUACCUCAGCAGCCUCAGCGACCUGAAGCCCCGCCGUGAGUACGGCUCCUCCUCCACCUCCUCCAAGAAGUCCUCCAAGGGAGGGAAAAAGCCCCAAGAGACCAAGAAAGCAUCCUCAAAGAAAUACUCCCAGUUCAGUGCCGAUGUGGCCGAGGCAAUCGCUUUCUUUGACUCCAUCAUCGCAGAGCUGGAGACUGAGAGGCGGCCAAGGGCUGAGGCCGACCUGCCCAAUGAAGAUGUGGACUUCGACGUGGCCACCAGCUCUCGAGAGCACAGCCUGCAUUCCAACUGGAUCCUGAGGGCUCCGCGUAGACAUUCAGAGGACAUGAUCCUGCAUGCUUCACAUAGCCCCGAAGGCCAGCUGCGCAGGAGCACAGAGUGCAGGACCAUUGGCAUUCAGAGGAGGCUUGAGAGACACCCCAUUUACCUUCCUAAGGCUGUAGAAGGGGCAUUCAACACCCUGAAAUUUAAGCCCAAAGCUCAUAAAAAGGAACUGGGGAGCUCCAGACAGAUCCUCUCCUACUUCUCCGGAGAAGACAUGGACUGGGAUGCAGAGCUCUUUGCAUCGGAGCCCCCGGAACCGCCCGGGGAUAACUACUACUGUGAGACAGAGAACCCCAAGGGACAGUGGCUACUUCGGGAAAGACUCUGGGAGCGGACAGUGCCCUGA